AUGUUUAUUUUCUUGAGGCUUGAAAACUCUAACCACAAUAUAAACUGUUUUCAUCUACAGGCACUGUUGGUGCAUAUAGUUGGUCAUGAAAUCAGGUUGCUUCCAUCUUGGCAACAGUCCUCCAUCGAGAUUAUUAUUGAUCAACAAACACAUCAACUGGUUUAUGGCCAACCACUUCAAGUCGGAUCUGUAGAAUCACCCAUCUAUGUCUAUCUCGAAGAGACUUUAUCUCGUCCAAUUGUUGUUGUCCAAGCUGAAGUGGAAGGUCUUCAUAUUAGAUACGAUGGUGUGAAUGCAAGGAUAAAGGUUUCUCCCAAAUACAUGGGUAAACAUUGUGGUCUCUGUGGAGACUUCAACGGAGAAAGCUACAGAGAGUUCUUGGGACCCAACUUGUGUGUAUACACUAAUAGCCAGGACUUUGUCAAUAGCUAUGUUUUAGGAGGUCAACAAUGUCAGCUGCCUUUUCAACCACUUCACCCUUUUGUGUGUCCAUCAACGUAUUCCAAGUCACUUUACCAGUACACCAAGCCAUUGGGGUAUCUGAGAGAACGUUUGGCAUCUCCUGUCUUACAAACCCAGCCCAUUGUUAGGAAAUAUACACCUUAUACAUCAUUGUUCCAGACGCCUAGCACCACUGGUGUUCAGAGACCUAUUGAUGACAGACAACGCUUGGUAUCUCCCCUCUUACAAACCCAGCCGAUGGUUAGGAAAUAUACACCUUAUUCACCAUGGUUCCAGACAUUUACCACUACUGGUGUUCAAAGAUCUAUUGAUGAGAGAGAGCGCUUGGUAUCUCCCCUCUUACAAACCCCUCACACGGUUAGGAAAUAUACACCUUAUUCAUCAUUGUUCCAGACACCUAACACCAUUGAUGUUUACAGUCCCUUUGAGGAAGAUAGAUGUAUCCUGAAGAAGGUUUGGACCAAGCACUGGGACAACAAUAUUUGCUUCAGCAAAGAAUUUGUGCCAAUCUGUAAAGACGAAUGCAUGCCAAGCCAUGAAAUCCAAGAUAUAACCCUCAACUUUUUCUGUUUGCCCGAAAAUAGUCCAUAUCUUCAGGACCUGUUUGAAAAAGCAAAAACUGGAAGAAUUGAAGAAAUCCAGCUCAAUACUAAACAUCAUGUUGACAAAGUCGAAGUACCGAAAUUUUGCAGACCAGUUUACCAGUGAUUUGUUGUUGUUAUUUUUUGAUUGUUUUUGUUAAAACGUUUUCUGUUAAUGGUUGUUUAUUAAAUUUGCACUAAAAUGCUAUACUGAAUAAAGCUGUAUUGCCAGAA